CGCAUGUUUUCCCGGGAAUGUCACGGACUUCAGUUAUCUUGGAAUCGGAACUUCACUAUAGGUUAACGUACGUCAUAAUUAGUUAUCUACAUUCGACAGCACAGUACUUCAUUAUUUUAUCUCGGGUCCUAUAGGAAAUAGUUAUUUUAAUAUACAACUUUACAAAACAAUAUUCAUGUAACUAAACUGUUCUAUUGCUACGUCGCUAUGUCUAAUUUUCCGGAUAAAAAGAAGAUGAGUGGGUCAUGUGUGGAGACUCCGGAAGCGCCUGCUUGGUUAUCUAAACUUGAAAGUCAGAGAGAAAAACUUAGUAAAGCGCGUUUAGGGCACGAUAGCGGUGCCGGUGCCCCUUGCAACUCUUGCGGUCCAUCAUGCCCCGGUUUAGACCUUCACUUCUGGAGAAAGGUUUGCCGCUCCUGUCAUUGCAGUAAAGAUGUCCAUGACGUUCAGGAUGAUGACCUAUCAGGAUGGGCACAGUUUGAGCUGCUUGGCACUGCAAGACCUAAGAAGGCUUCAUUACCCCUAAUCAAAAUUCGCGGAGUAACUGAUAAGCCGGUCAAACUUGAUUGGGUGCCUCCAAAUGCAUCUACAGAGCUGGUGUCGGAGUACAUGUCGUGCCUGGGCUCGCUGGCGCCGGUGUCGGGGUCGGAGGCGGCGCGGCGGCGGCGCGCGCAGCUGCGCACUCAGCUGCCGCCGCACGACGUGGCGCCCGCCGUCAGGCAACACGCUACUGACUUCGAGAAGUCCGAGCAUACUGAAUACAUAACUCGCAUCAAAGACCAUGUCGUCGGUAUGGGGAAUGUCGUCCGGGUCGGCCCGCUGCAGAACGGAGAUGUCUUCUCUGUGGAAAGCAGCAAAACGCAUACUGCUACAAAAUCCUAUGCACUACCACUUAAAAUAUCGAAUGUAUCCAGAGGUAUCAAAUAUAACAUCGUUCCAAAGAACGCUUCCGACAAAAAGCUAGUCCUAGAUUCACAAGGAAACGUCGUUAGCAGCGCCGCUAACCUGCCCGAUUACAAGUCCAGUCCUAUACUGAGCCGAAUUGUGAAAGACAAGCUACAUAUCAUGCGCAUAGAGUCAGAUAGGAUUAAGAGCGCUGUAGAACAUGGCCCAGUAUACGAUAAAUUAUUCAAGAACUUAGAUGACUUGAACAUGCCCGUCACAAAUGAUGUGUAUCUGCAACCUAUCAAACUCUUCCGCGAAGAGUACAACAACAACCCUCAGUUCAAAGAAGAAACUAAUGAGUUCUCCAGCAAGGCUCUUGGAGCUCAAAUUAUGCCGGACUUGUGGUCUAACAGCAAUAACAAUGUUAUGGGAACUGCUAAAUUAAUGGACUGCAGAAUACAGAAAGGAACUAUUUUUGCGCCAAAUGGUGAGAUAUGGAGCUGGAAGAAUGAACCAGUUACUCCUGAACACAGUGGCACCUUACGCUCCACUAAGAUUAAUCCUCAAUACUCGACAGUAACGAAGCCAAUAAACCAGGUCGAACCACAGCAGACUGCACCCUUGAGGGAGUAUCUGAGAAGUCACUCUGAAGACGACCUCCCUCCUCCGCCGCUACCUAACUACAGCACGUAUCCCGGUGCGGCGCCUCCAACGCCUACACCUGGGACUGGACCCGCAGACUGGAACAACCAAACUAUUGAUAAUGCUCAUCCCAUUGCUGAAAACGCUGACUACUUAGGUCUGCCACAGAACUAUGGAGAAAGUACCGAUCAGAUAAUUGAUCAACUUGCUGAUUUAUCGUUGAGCCCUGCUGAGGUGGAGUUUAACAGGAAGCUCUAUAACGAGGGGGUGCCCUGCCAACGUUGUACCAAGUCGAUGUUCGCGGGUGAAGUUGCUGUCAAGGCUGAACGUGCAGGCCACGAAGCUAUUUGGCAUCCACAGUGCUUUACAUGCAGUAAAUGUAACGAGCUUCUCGCGGACCUCGUGUACUUCUUCUACAAGGGAGAAAUAUAUUGCGCCCGAGACUUGGCUGACGUGUUGGAGAUCCCGCGUUGCGCAGGUUGCGAUGAACUUAUAUUCACUCGUCCAUACACAGCGGCGGAAGGACGAGCGUUCCAUGUUCAGCAUUUCUGUUGCUAUCAUUGCGACGCACCGUUGGGCGGCAAGAAGUACGUGCCAGAUGAUAAGACUGGCUUGCCAAUAUGUUUGCAAUGUUACGACCAAUUCUAUGCCGAGCGUUGCCGUGCUUGCGGCGGUGUGAUAGGCCCGGAGCAACAAGGUGUUUCUUGGAGCAACAUGCAUUGGCAUGCUGAAUGUUUCAUAUGUUCUGGCCGGAUGUGCGGUAAAAGUUUACUUAGCGGACGAUUCGUCGUCAAGCAAGAAAUGCCAUUCUGCAGUGUGCCAUGUGUUCAGAGCCGAAUUAAGUAAACACGUCUUAUGGUCUUAUUUAUUAAUGUUAAGAAGGUAACAUUAUUCUAAACUUUUAAUAUUAUAUUUUAUUCAAUUUACAUCAAUGCAAUUGUUCUAUUUUUGAUAAAGAUAUUUAAAAUGUAGUUAUACAAAAACACGUGCUGUCUAUAGAAAUUAACAGAUGUAGUUAUAGGUUCUAUUUACGAGAUAAAUAUUAAUUGCUGUAAUUGGUUUUUCACCGUUGUAAUUAAAAUAAAUAAAUUAAAGUCUGAAAAGUAUGAGACAUGAGAUAGAGAAAAACUUUAUGAUAAGGUAUCAAUGUUCCUCUACCUUGGGACCAAUAGAGAGACAAUAUGUAGUAUUAUGAAGCAUUCCAUUGGUAUAUUGUGGUUAUGUAGCUGUUCUUUCAUAGAUUUAUAUUUAAGUAAUGAUUUCGAUAAUCGUAAUUUAUUUAUACUUGCGUUAAUUUAUAGUGAAAUACUUUAUUAGUAUGUAGUAUAGUAUAGUCCUGUAGAAUGUGAUAAGUGGUACUAAAAUGGCGCUCUAUGACAUAAAAGCGUCCGCUUCUAUUUUUAGAAUUAUGAUUAUGAUUGAAAGAUAUAUUUAUAUGUAGUUAUAAAAGUGAAAUGGAAAGGAAGUGCCAUCAAAUGUAUUAUUUUUGGAUGAUUCAUAUAUUAUGUAUAGAAAUAAAGAUUUUUCUUAAA